AUGGCCGUCAUCAUCGUCGUCCUAAUCGCCGCCCUCUUCCUCAUGGGCUUCUUCUCCAUCUACAUCCGCAACUGCUCCGAGUCCCAAUCCGCCGCCGGCGGCGGCAGCAUCCGCCAGCUCGGCCGCCGCGCCGCCGCCGCCGCCUCCCGCGGCCUCGAUCCAUCCGUCAUCGAGACUUUCCCCACCAUGGUCUACUCCGCCGUCAAGGGAUUGAAGAUCGGAAAGGGAGCGCUGGAGUGUGCCGUCUGCCUGAACGAAUUCGAGGACGACGAAACGCUGCGUUUGAUCCCCAAGUGCGACCACGUCUUCCACCCGGAGUGCAUCGACGCCUGGCUCGAAUCGCACACCACCUGCCCGGUCUGCCGCGCCGACUUGACCCCGAAUCAGUCCGGUGACGGCUCGACCGUCCAAUCCCCGGUCGAGCCGGAAUUGAUGGCUCCAGCGCCGGUGAUGACUCGGGCAGCGUCGGAUCUCGAGGCGGGAAGAGUCGAAGGCGUCGUCCCGGAGCCGGCUGGGGAUUGCGGAAGUGAAGGCCACCGACCUGCAGAGGCUGCGCCGGAAGUUGCUUGGGUCGAUCGGGUUUUGAACCGGAACCGUACGCGCGGGUCGAGAUCGGGUCGGCCACGAAAGUUUCCAAGAUCGCACUCAACGGGGCACUCUUUGGUUCAACCGGGGGAGAAUACCGAUCGGUUCACAUUGAGGUUGCCGGCUGACGUUCGGAAGCGGUUGGUGGACCAGGGGUUGAACCGGAGCUCUAGCAUGAUUGUGCUGCCCAGAGAAGGGAGCACGAGGCGGGGGUAUCGAACCGGUGAAGGAAGCAGCAGAGGGAAGCAUUCGAGUUACAAGCGGCUGGAACCGUUGGAGACGGAAGGCAGGUCGGACCGCUGGGUGUUCAACCGUACCUCGUCGUUUUUUGCCAGAGCGUCGUCGUUCUUGACCAGAACAACUUCGUCCGUCCGGUCGCCUAGAGUAGCGGCUAACGACGGGUCCAUUCGAUCGCCCCGUGGGGUGGUGGCGAGGGAUCAAGGAGAAGGGUCUUCGAGCAAAAGAAGUGGGUUGGAAGCGACCCAAUUGACCCGACCGCCGGUCUGA